GUCACUUUAUUUUUCCAUAUUUGUUUGUGUCUUUGGGGAGUCAACAGCUUAUUUUUGGUGAUAUUAUCUGCUUGAAACUACAAACACAAAACACAAAUGUAAACUGCAAAGAAAGGAGAAAUUCGUGUUAAUAUAAUUUCAAGGAAAUCCACUGUAUCCAGCAUAAUGCGAUGGAAUACAGUUUUCAAUUUCUAUUUCACCUUCUUCUGCUGCGUGUUUAAUAACUAUGGCAAACUGGGCAUACAUGCCCAUGACGCACGGGCCCCAGUUCCAUCCUCGCACCCUGGCAGCGGCAGUGGCGGUGGCCACUCCGCGGCGCCACAUCCUGAACAUCAACACCUGCCCAGAAGCUCCUACAAUCUGCUAAGCGAGGCCAUGUCCCAGGCUGUCAGUUCGAUGGAAAGCGGUUCAGCAGAUGGCGCCUGCAAUGCGGAUGACCUGGACUGCUAUCAUGGUAAUGUACAGGAUCGUUUCGGUUUGGAGGCCAUUGCCAGCUUACAUCGCCAGCUGGACGAUGACGAUAAUGGGAACAUCGAUCUGAGUGAAUCGGAUGAUUUUCUGCGCGAGGAACUAAAAUACGACUCUGGCUACGAGAAGAGGCAGAAGGCCUUCCAUUUUAACGACGACAUGCACAUAUCCGUCAAGGAGUUGUGGGAGGCCUGGCUCCGAUCCGAGGUGCACAACUGGACCAUUGAGCAGACCACCGACUGGCUGGAACAAUCCGUUCAGCUGCCCCAGUAUUCGGAUCUCUUCAAACUGCACAAAGUGACUGGUGCUGCUCUGCCCAGGUUAGCUGUGAACAAUCUCCAAUAUUUAAGUCAUGUCCUUGGCAUCAAAGAUCCCAUACAUAAGCAAAAAAUCUCUCUAAAAGCUAUGGAUGUGGUCCUCUUUGGGCCGCCCCGUGAAACGGGCACCCAUUGGAAGGACUACAUACUAGUUACCCUGCUACUGAGCGCUAUUAUUGGAUGCUGGUACGCCUACCAGCAGAACAAGGAUGCCAAACGCCACCUCCGCCGCAUGGCCCAGGACAUGGAGGGAUUGCAGAGGGCCGAGCAGAGUCUGCAGGAGAUGCACAAGGAGUUGGAGCGGGCCAGAAUGGAGCAGGAGAGUGUGACAACGGAGAAACUGGAUUUGGAGCGUCGCUUGAAGGAGGCACCAUCGCUCAGCCCCUCGAGCUCGGACUUGGAAGUGCAGCUGCUGAAAAAAGAAAUCGAGACGCUGCGCAAUGAGUUGUCCCGGGCCGAAUUCGAGCUGGCUGACAACUGCUGGGCGCCACCGCCCCAAUUACAGUCGUGGCUGCAGUACACGUACGAGCUGGAGAACAAGAACCAUCAAAAGAAACGUGCAUCCGCCGAGAAGCAGCUACAGUCGGCUCGGGAGGCGUGCGAGAAGUUACGCAAGAAACGGUCGAGCUUGGUGGGUGCCUUUGUCUCUACGCACGGAAAAAGUAUUGAUGAUGUUGAUCGGUCGAUUGUCGAGGCACGUAACGCCCUGGGAGAGGUCACCAAUGAACUGCAGGAGCGACUUCACCGUUGGAAACAGAUUGAAACAUGCCUCGGCUUGAAUAUUGUGAACAACAACGGAUUGCCGUUUUUGGAGAAUGUUCUGUACAGCCGUAAUGGGGGCUUACAAAGUUCCAUGGGAUCAAAUUCAGCUAAAGGAUCGAGAACACGUAUUUCCAAUCUCUCUGAUGACCUGGACGAUGAGUCCGUACAGGGUAAGCUGAGCUUUGAGAACUUUUCUCUGCUUGCCACCGAAUAGGCCGAGUCUCACAGCUAUUACAUCGUAAUUCUUCACGAAAAUCCUACUUCUACAACUACAAUUGACCUUUAUUCGUCGUUAAAUCCCCAAUAAGAGAGCUCUUCCUAAUAUUAAGAUUAUGUUUUAAUGAAGGUCAUAUAAAAUGUAUCAAAUUGUAACCUACAUAUAUAUAUAUAUUUGUAAUAUAUCCUUGUCAAUUUUGAUGUAAAAAUGUCAACUGUUCAAAUAUUUGUCAAACAAAAUGAACGAGGAAGAACUAUGUAUGCAGUGUUUUGAACAUCUCGCAUACACAUACAAAUGUACUUAUCACUUAAAAAUCGGAUAUAACAUAUAUACAUUUAUGGCAGACAUUGUCAAGCCCCCAAAAUAUGGUUUCGGUAAUUGCUGUUCUAUUAAAAAACAAAUCAUGCUCCUCAGUUUCAAGUCAAUAAAUUUGUUAUCUCCAAAAAAAUUCUUAUUUUUAAAAUCGUAUCUUCCAAUUGUAAAAGCAAUAUAGGUAAAUCGUUUAAAAGUG